AUGCGAAUCCAUAAAUAUGAAGUGGCAGGAGAAGAAGCGACUGGUCAACCUCUACCACAUCACUCGCCACCCCGAUCGAUACUUUGUGGCAAUCACUUGCACAACAGCUGUGCUCUCCCAUACCCGUCUUCCCACGGUAAUCAACAUACAUCAACCAUUUUCCCCUCUUUCCCAACUUACACCCAAACAGACCUUUCCUUUUGUAUACACCACCCACCGCUCACCCCAACUGAUCAUUAUCACUUUAUAUGCAUUCACCCGACCAGCCCACCUACUAUUUACCCACACACCAUUUUCUCUUCUUAUUCGACAACUUGCUUAAUGAUAUUUUCACCUAAACUCUUUUCUUUACUCCUCUCUGUGUAUUCAGUAAAACUCUCUUUAUCCCUUGUCCUCUUUCUCUCUCUCUCCCCGUGUGUGUGUGCGUAUGUGCUCGUCUAUGUCUGUGUGUAUUACUUUUUACCGAAACUCUCAAAUUCUCUCUCUCUUCCUCUCUCUCUCCCUCUCUCUCUCUCUCUCUCUCUCUCUCUCUCUCUCUAG